CAUGGAUAUAACGGUGGUACGCCAUUUUCUGUAAAUGGAAGUUUCAGGCAGAAGAGCCGACACAGAUGUAACUGCAGGCUCUGCGGAAGCGACGCCCCUCUGCGAGCCAUGUCGGACCGAAGGGAAAGAACAAGAGGCCCAUGGAUUCUGCAACAACUGUAAUGUGUACAUAUGUCCAUCAUGCAUCAAUGUCCAUGGGAAACUGACGGUCACGAAACAUCACAAUAUUCUUGGCAAACAGAAAAUGCCAACUCAUUAUCCGUCAAGUAGGAAGGCUGCUGACGUCUCGGGUUUGGAUCUUUGCAAAGACCAUCAAUCAGAAAUAAUCAAGUUCUACUGCCCAGAACACGAGCAGUUAGGUUGCUGGGAUUGCAUUUUUCUAACCCACAGGACCUGCAAGGUUUCUUAUAUACCGAACGUCGCGCAUUCUUUUACUGUAAGCAGCGAGUUCAAGGUUAUAGUUGACAAGGUGGCAAAGCUUGAAGCAGAUUUGAACACCUGGAAAAGAAAACUUCAAUCUGAUAAACAGUCGGUGCUUGAUUUAAAUCAAGUCCUAUUAAAAAGGUUACAACAGUUUAAAGAAGAAAUCAAUGAAUAUCUCGACAAACAAGAAAAAUCGCUUGUCGAAGCAAUGGACGAAGCAAGAAAGAAAGACACAGACCGUAUACAGAGAUGGCGGGAAGAUAUAGAUGCCGCGAAAUUAACACUAGCUGAGACGAAAGCUAGGCUAGAAGCUCAGGAUAUGAACGCUAACCACCUGUAUGUAACAGCCAGACAUGCAGAACAGAUACUGGGUGAUAUGCAAACAUUGAUAAAGAAAGUUGAGACGGAAAACAUGGUGACGCGAUAUAAGUUUUGUCGAGAUAAGAAGACCGAAGAACUGCUGUCCUGGGAAGACGCGAUAGGGAAGGUUAUUGAAGAAAAAGACUUCUUUACGACCAAGUGGCACCGUAAGAGUGACAUAAACAUUAUGACUCCGGAAGACACAAAAACAUGCUUGAUAAGAGGCUCGGCCGUGCUCAGGCCCGGUACCCUCCUCCUUGCUGACCUUUACAACCAAUGUCUGAAAACGUUAGACCUGACCACCGGUAAGGUGACGGCCCGUCUGUCGCUAUACGAAAAACCCUGGGAUGUCUGCGUGCUGCCGGAGGACAGGGCCGCCGUCACUCUAUCUUAUGGGCAUCAGACCAAGGUUCAGUUUAUCAACACAGGGAAUGCACUGGAAACAGACACAUAUAUUGUAGUGUCGGCAUUUUGCAGGGGAAUAGCACACCAGGAUGGUAGGCUUUACUUGACAUUUCCACACACGUCACCUCGAAUAGAAGUAAGAACUAUGAAUGGGGAUGUUUUACAAACCAUUGGCAAUACACCGCUUCAAGACAAAAUAUUUCAUGGUCCGUCUUUCUUGACCAUAAGUCGCGACGAUAUUAGCACAAUAUAUGUAUCGGACAAAAACCGAACGUUAUUGCAACUGAACCUGCAGGGGGAGGUGCUUCAAAAAAAAUCUUACGAGGAACUGGUUGAUCUUGGCGGUCUCACGGACGUGGGUGGGGGACAGGUCAUCGUUUGUUGCAGCAACACCGUAAUGGUGAUUUCCGGGCUUGAUGGAAGAAUGAAGGCUAUACUGGAGACGAACGAUGGGAUGAAGCGUCCGUACACAGUGGCUUACUGUCCGACAAAUAAAAAACUCCUCGUUGGAGGGAAUUAUAAUCGUGUAAAUGUUUACGACCUUGUAUAAUUUUUCGCUACGUGUUUCACAGAUAGCACCUACAAAUCAGUAAACUACAAGAAAUACCUUGCAUCCUUUACUUCAUUUUAUAUCACAGAGACUUGAAUAAAUGUUAUCCAACUGCAACAAGGACACUGUCGUCCGGAUGUGCAUAAACUCAUUUGUGAUUUAAUGUUAAACAUGUACUAUUGCCAAACAGAAAACCGUAUACAAUGUUCUAACUCUACGCUUAUGCUAACAAAAGGUAUGCAUAAAGUGCCUGCUUGUGAAGGGAAAUUUAUUGUAUUUGACAUAUUCCUAUGCACUUUAGCAAUGUAUUUUCUCUAAACUAUCAACACACGUGUAUAUAUACCUUUACAAGCAGGCACUUUAUAUACUUUGUGUUGUUUACUUCAGGCAAAUUAUGCGACAAUCCUUUACUGACCAGUAUUUGUUUCAAUUGAUCAAGAAGCAGAAUAAAUAAAAACAAGAUU